AAUAAAGUUCAUGGUCAUAAGCAGUAGCCAGAAACUGGUCAUAGUACAGGAUAUUGGCAAGAUAAUACCAUCAGUUAAGCAAUUAAGACUGCUAAUUUAGAAACUUCCAAUCAUAAGAGUCAUUUAAGAUCGAAAUAAUAUGGACAAUUAUCAGCAGCUUAUAACUGACCUGCGUCGAACAUUCGGCACCGGUAAGACACGAUCGUUAUCAUGGAGACGAAGUCAAUUGGAAGGAAUAGUUAAGAUGGUUGAUGAAAAUAGAGAUGAAAUAGUUGCUGCAAUGAAAGAAGAUUUAAGUAAACCGAAAUCAGAAACCAUUUUAAUGGAAGUUAUUCAAGUGAGAAAUGAUGCAAUUCAACAUCUUAAUAAUCUAGACAAGUGGCUGGAGAGGGAAAAAAUUUCUAAAAGUAUUGAACUCAUUAUGGACAAUGUUUACAUUCAAAGAGAUCCUCUCGGCGUCGUCCUAAUCAUGGGAGCUUGGAACUAUCCCUUCCAGUUAGCUCUUAUGCCAGCAGUUGGAGCUAUUGCUGCAGGAAAUUGCGUUGUCUUGAAACCCUCUGAAGUUUCGCCCGCAACUGCCUUUGUUGUUGAGAAACUCUGCAGGAAGUAUUUAGAUAAUGAUACUUUUCAAAUUGUGCAAGGAGGCGUUACCGAAACGACAGCUCUUCUCUCCGAGAGAUUUGAUAUGAUUUUCUACACUGGAAGCACAUCCGUUGGGCGAAUUGUUGCAACAGCGGCAGCUAAGCACCUAACUCCAGUAAUCUUGGAGCUUGGGGGAAAGUCGCCAUGCUAUGUCUGUCCAUCAUCCGAUCUAAAUAUCUCAGCUAGGCGUAUUGUAUGGGGUCGCUUCUGCAAUACCGGCCAGACCUGUAUCGCUCCCGAUUAUAUUCUUUGCCCAUCAGAAAUUCAACCCGAACUUGUGAGGCAACUGAAAAAGGCUUUAGUCGCCUUUUUCGGAGAUGACCCUCAACAUUGCGAAUCCUUCGGUCGAAUUGUUAACAAGCGCAACUUUGACAGAAUUAAAAGACUAAUUGACGACGCUCCCAGUGACAAAAUAGUCGUUGGUGGUAAAACUGAUGUCGAAAGCCGUUUCAUAGCCCCAACAAUCAUUCAAAAUGCAACUGCCGAUAUGUUGUGUAUGCAAGAAGAAAUUUUCGGGCCUGUCUUGCCAAUUUUAACUGUAAAGGAUGAAGAUGCAGCUAUAGACUUUAUCAAUAGCAGAGAAAAACCCUUAGCAUUGUACGUCUUCACUAAGAAGAGCUCAAUCAAAGAAAAAUUCUUGAAUCAAACAUCCAGCGGAUCAACUUGCGUUAAUGAUACUAUUAUGCAAGCUGGUAUAAGUGGACUCCCAUUUGGAGGAGUUGGAGAAAGUGGAUGUGGUGCCUACCACGGAAAGUUUACACUAGAAACAUUCUGCCAUAGAAAGGGAGUGCUGGAAAAGAAGCAAGGAAUGGAAAAAUUGAAUGAUAUCCGAUACCCUCCUUACACUGAUAAGAAGCUGAAAUUUUUGGAGAGACUUAUGGCUAAAGGACCUUCAAGACGUCAAUUUGGUUUAUUCUUACCGAUUAUGCUCUUCAGCGUCAUUAUUGGGUUUAUAUUAAAGGUUGGAUGGCAAAUUCCACCCCUAAAUUACAUACUAAAGUUCAUUUCCAAUAAACGCUAA